AUGUUCUCUCGCCUACGCUGGUGGACAUCAUCCCGAACACUAGCAGCCCCAGCCCGACUAUUCAGCCAAACCCCCAUCGUGCCCGCAAAACCCCUCCCCCCACGGCUCAAGAUCAACGAUGCCGACAUAUCAAUAUCAUACCUAAAAGGCACUGGGCCUGGCGGACAGAAGAUUAACAAAACCAACUCAGCCGUCCAAAUCAUCCACAAGCCCAGCGGGGUGGUAAUCAAAUGCCAAGCGACGCGCUCGCAGUCGCAGAACGCGAAGAUUGCGCGCUCGCUGCUCGCUGAUAGAGUCGAGGCGCAGGAGAAGGGGGAUACGAGUCGGGUUGCGAUUAAGGCUGCGGCGGCGAAGAAGAAGAAAGCUAGUAAGAUGAAGAAGACGAGGAGGAAGUAUCGGGAGCUUGGGGAGGGUGCUAAAGAGGGGGAAAUUGUUGAGGAGGAAGAGGACGAGGUUGAGAUUAUAUGGGACGAUGAUGUAAAGGAUGGGGAAACCAAGGAGACUGAAACUAAGGAGACUGAAUCGGAAAUUGGGGGUGAGGCUAAACCCUCUGAAGAGUCUGGAAAGGGUGUAUGA